GCCUCAUCUGACCUGGCCUUAAACACCUCCAGGAAGGAAGCAGCCACAACCUCCGUGGGCAACCUGUGCCAGUGUCUCACCACCCUCAGGGAGAAGGAUUCAUCCUUGAAGAUGACGCCUCUUGGAAAUCUUCACAGAACAUAGUAUCCCUGGUAACUGAAGCUGGUAUUUCUAUACUCAGAAGAAAUCUGUGCCAACUGGGAGUUGAAUGAAUAGGGAAGGACAACUUCAGAAAAAGAUGCCCUGGGCCACUGAAAGUAGGACCAGGACUCCAGGAUGUGCAAACCUAAUCUUACAUGUCUGGUGUGUCCUCUGGAGGUGUCAGUCAGUUCAGGAAGCAUCCAGGUUGCUCGAGGCCAGACAGCAGUAUUGCCCUGCACCUUCACCACUAAUGCUGCUCUCACUAACCUUAAUGUCAUCUGGAUGGUCAUUCCUCUGUCUAAUGCCAACCAGCCUCAGCAGGUUAUUCUCUACCAAGGGGGUCAGAUCUUUGGUGGUGCACCCCAGUUCUAUGGGCGAGUGGGGUUUGCUGUGACAAUGCCAACCACCAGUGCCUCCAUCUUCAUCAACAACACUCAGCUAUCGGAUACUGGCACAUACCAGUGUUUGGUCAACAAUCUUCCUGACCGAGGCGUCAGGAAUAUUGGAGUCAUUGGACUUACUGUAUUGGUUCCUCCUUCUGCUCCGCUUUGUAGAAUCCAGGGAUCUCUGGAUGUAGGCAGUGAUGUCACUCUGACCUGCAGCUCUGAAGAAGGCAUCCCUCGGCCAACAUACCUCUGGGAGAAACUGGACAAUGUUCCCAAGUUGCCCCCAACUGCCACACAAGACCAAGUCCAGGGCACUGUCACUCUUCGAAAUAUCAGCACUGUGUCCUCAGGUCUUUACCAAUGUGUGGCUUCAAAUGCCAUUGGAACCAGCACUUGCCUUCUGGAUCUGCAAGUCAUUGCACCCCACCCCCGGAGCAUUGGCCUGAUUGCAGGAGCAGUGGCCACAGGUGCUGUUGUUCUUGUUAUUUGCAUUGUGUUGGUAGCUGUGGCACUGUUCUACUGGAAAAAUAAACACAAAGAGGAAGAAGAGGAAGAGAUUCCCAAUGAGAUAAGGGAGGACGACCUGCCACCCAAAUGCUCCUCUGCUGCAAAGACAUUCCACGCUGAUGCGUCCUCAUCAGAGAACGACACCCUGACCUCUUCCAAUACCUACAACAGCCGCUACUGGAACGACCCCAAAGCCAACCACGCCACAGACUCCUUCACCCGCUUCAGCAACAGCAAUGACGCCCACCAGCCCCCUUUCUCCCGCUCGGGGAGCACAAGCACCCGCCCCGUCUAUGCCAACGGUGGCCACCCAUCCCCCGCUCCCCCUAAGACGCUGGUGGUGACAGCCAGCACGGCGCCGUCCCCUCAGGAGGUGAUCCGGAGCAACGGCUCCAUCAGCAGGAAGCCACGGCUGCCGCACACCCGCUCCUACGCCGUCAGCCAGGCCACGCUGGAGCGCAUCGGGGCCGUGCCGGUCAUGGUGCCCGCCCAGAGCCGCGCUGGCUCCCUCGUGUAAGGCCGUGCCAGCAGCCGAGAGCCGGGCAAGGGGCCUCUCGUACCUCGUGGGGUGAAAAGACCCUCCUGAACGGCGGCGAGGCGAUGGGACACACACAGACACACACACUCGCCUCUCCCCCCGUCCUCCCCUCCAGCGGCCGCCGCCAGCCAGUGGGACAGCCGGGCCGUGCCAUGCCAUAUCGCCCGGCCUGCCAGGGCUCUUGUGCCAGCGGAAGCUGCAGAUGUGCCAAGGCCGGGGGAGCAGGCAGGUCAAGCUGCACUCCCUGGCUGCUGGGCCCCGACUGGAACGUAUGCCCGGCCCUGACCUUGGGCAGGGGGGUGGGGGGUGGGGGCAACUUCUGCUUUUGUUUCCCAUUGGUUUCGUUGGGAGUCGACUCCGUCCAUCUGGGUCCUUCAGGAAGGUUUGGGCAGGUCUAUACUUCUAAUUAUUGGGGUUUUUUACCCUUGUUGUCACCGUUUUAUUUCCAGGAGGAUGGCGGGGGGAAGCUAGCAUGGAGGGGUGCUGAGGCAGGGUAUGCCUCAACCUGGCAUCUCCAGCCCCCUCCCCAUGGCCCUGGCCCUGCUGCUGGGGAAGGGAGGGCAGGACACUCGGGCUGGGUGUGAGGAGAAGCAAGAUGAAGGCACAGCCACCAGCCUGGCCAAGGUGGAUGGAUGAGUGGAUGGAUGAAGACAUGGAUAGGGGAGCAUUAGUCUUUAUUUUCUGCAGUUUUUCCCCAACUCUGACACACACACACACAGAUACAGAUAAAAACACAGACACACACAGAGGUCCUUCUCAGACAGGGUGUUUUUCCUGCACUAGCUCAGGGCACUGCCAGAGCCUUGUUGAUGGCUGUGGAGGAUGCAGCCAUCUAAGCAUCUUUCCCCAAGGCACUCCAUGCAGGGGAAGGAUGUGUUGCUACUGCUGCUGCUGCUGCUGUAGGGCUCAUGGCUUUUUUUUUAAUGCAGGGGGUGUUGCUGGGUUGAUUCAGGAGGCACAGAGGAGGAGAGUGGUGUGGCAGAGCAGCAGGCAAGUCCAGAGGUGUCUGCUGUCCCUGGGCUACUCUGGUUUGGGGCAAGUGGCUUCAAACGCUGCAGCUUUGGUGUUUGUGUGGUGGGUUUUCCUUGUUAGGCUCUCCAGGGCUGGCUGGCAUGGCAGGGUGUAUGUUGUGCUUGGGGCACUCACACGGAGGCAAGUUUUCAUUCCCUCUUUCCCAUGUGCAUGGACUUCCCAGAUGCUGAGGUUGGCAGGAUUUGUUUCCAAAUCUCUUUCCUUAGAAAGAGUAAAAGCAUGGGCUUAAUGAAGGAGGUAACCCUGUGGAAGCCCACAUGAUAGCUCUCUGCCUCCCCUACUUCCCUCAACAUCCUGAGAGUGCAUACUGGUGGCAUCUGCCAGUGGCUCUGCCAUCUCAUCACAGCCAAGCAGGUGGUUGUGGCUGGCACCUAUCCUUUUUCUAUUGCAACUAAAUAGCCUUAAUCAAAGCCAGGAGUUGAACCACCAGAGGAAUAUGGUGCCAUUUGGAGGGCUGGACUGAGGGCUGGAACUUACCUUUCUAGAAAACACUGAUUCAAAGACGUCAUGCUUGGGUAGAUGUCUCGACCCUCUUGCAUAACACCAGCCCUGUAACACAUGUAAAGGCAGUGGUCACCUCCAAAAGCGCCAGAGCCCUCCCAGGUCUACUCUUGGAAAAGCAAUGUGAGGAGUCACAGGUGACCUUCUGUAGCUCUCACAUUGGAAAAAAGGUCUGUUGAAGCCAACAGACUCUUCCUCAUCCCCACUUUCCUUUUCCCGGCACAGCUUUACUUUCCCUGGCAGUGCAGAAACCUUGGGCAGGGCCUUCUGCCUGAGUGGUACCUUUCAAAUGCAAGCACAGACUAUGAGGAAGAGGAGGGAGAAGUGAGGGCUGGGUUCCCAGAUUGACACAGUGGCUUUUUGGAAGGGUGGGGGCUCCCACGUGGCACUAAGUUUGAAGCUUUGCUGAGAUUUUGUGCCUUCUUUGCUCAAAAUAAAAAAGAGAAAAGUAAAAUCCAACCUUUCUUCCUCUCCACUCUACACAACUCCUAGCAGAAUGGGUGCAAACCCCUGAAGCAGAGCAGGCUGGUGGCUCUCUCUGUGUGUUUCUCCAGAGACAUCCUCUUUCCUGCCUGUCUCUUCACUUUGCUGCUGGGUGGUUGGAUUGGUAGGGGAAGAAGAGUGGCUUUAGAAACCUUUUUGUGGGAGGAAAACCCCCUCCAACCCAAAACAGUCACGAAAGAAGCCCAAACACAUCCUCUCUGCUUUUGCAGCAACCUCUGUGUGACAGCUUGUAGGAACACUGCCCUCAGCAGGCCUCCUCUUCUACUGGGAAAGCUCUUCUGGUCCCUACCCUCCAUGAGACUGUUUGCUCCUCUUUCUUUGUUCUUUCUAAUUGUCUAAAAUUCAAUAAAAAUUUUAUUCAUAUAUAAAAAGAAAAAAAAUCAAAGAGAAA